GUGGUGUUGAAGAACGCCCCUGACAUGUUCCCCGCCCCCCGCCUGGUGAAGUACUCCCCGUUCCCUAACGACACCAUGGUGUACCGGACCUUCAGCGCCAGGAGGAACCAGACGUACGGUGUGUUGCUCAGCCUGGUGGCCCCCUACCCGGCCGCUGUCAUGUACGGCAAGCUGGGGGACUUCCCGAACGAGACGGACCAUGAGUUCAAGAAAGACUUUAUUAGGGACGAUUUUACCGCCAAGACUGUGCCGCCUAAUGAUGAUGUCCACACGGCCUUCACCGUCCUUCAACCGGAUACAACAGUGGACAACGACACAGAGGAGUACACCAUAGGAGUACAGGUGGACGACUGUCCAGGCUGCUCCUGCUCGGUGGACAUCGUGCGGCUGAACUGUGUGUUCUGGGAUCCGGGGCUGGACGCAGGGCGCGGCUCGUGGAAAGGAGAAGGUUGUCGGGUGAGUCCCACAUCCACCCUGGCCCACACGGUCUGCCUGUGUAACCACCUGACGGGCUUCGGCACCUCCGCCGGGCCCGAACCGAACAGGAUCAACUUCAGGGCCGUCUUCGCCAAGUUCCGCGAUCUGGUCAACAACUACGCCGUGUGGACCACCAUGGUGGUGCUGAUGGGGAUGUACUUCGUCCUGCUCUAUCCUGCCAGGAGGAUGGAUAAUACAGACGAGCAGAAGUGGACCGUUAAGAACGUACACGGCAACCGCCAAGCCCACCGCUCCAGGUUCUUAGUGAGGGUACACACCGGGCAUGACUGGGGUUCCGGGACCAGGUCAAAGGUCUUCUUCCAGCUCACCGGUAAUGAAGGCAGCACGGGCCCGAGGUCGUUCCAACAAGAUGGCAUGACCUUCCAAAGCGGAAGUGUGGACACGUUCCUCCUGACGGCCCCUGACCCUGUGGGUGUGCUGACCAGCCUGGCGGUGUGGCACGACAACACGGGGCAGGGUCGCCAUGCCUCCUGGUUCCUGGAGAGGGUGGAGGUCACAGAUUUACAGACGAACAAGAGAACCCAGUUCGUGUGUAACGACUGGAUCGGGGUAGAACAUGGAGACGGCUGUCUCCGGAGGACCCUGCCCCCCACAGCGGUGACGUCACUGGGGCAGCGCUUCAGCCUCAAGCUGAGGGAGAAGUUCAAGGACGGGCACGUCUGGCUGUCAGUGGUGACGUCACGCCCCAAGAGCUACUUCUCCCGCGUGCAGCGCCUGUCGUGCUGCCUCUGUCUCCUGUUCUGUAAGAUGAUUACCAGCGCCAUGUGGUUCAAGGAAUCCCAGCAGGGGGCAUCGAACGUCGUACUCACCAUCGGGCCUAUCGAGGUUACUGCGGAGACACUGUGGGUGAGCCUCUGGACCACGCUGCAGACUUUUCCCGUCAACUUCAUCAUCGUGCAGAUUUUCCGUCGAUAUCGCCCAAAGGGCGUGCCGAAGUCUUCGGGCCUGCAGCUGCCCCACUGGUCCGUGUACGUGGGCUGGACACUGUUGGUCCUGACCACCCUGGCCUCGGGGUUCUUCCUGAUGCUGUACAGUAUGGAGUGGGGCAGGGACAAGUCCAUCCAGUGGCUCACAGCGUUCGGACUGUCGUUCCUACAGUCCAUGGUGGUGGUCCAACCAGCAGAGCCCCGCAUCGCCUGGCCAGAGGAACAAGUAGAGACAGACCAGCUGAAACAGCAGCGUGCUGUGAGGAAGAACUGGCUACAGCUGACCAGCCACGGCAGGCAGUGCAUUGUGGGUAUCAUCAUCAUCACAGCUGCUCUACUGAUGGUGCAUGAGACAUGGAGUCCUUCCGCUCCUGCCAUCAACACUGGACUCAAAACUGGAUUCUUUAAUGACACUAACUCGGUAACGACACAGUACGAUGUGCUGCCCUGGCUUGAAGACGACUUUGUGUCCAAACUGUACCCGGAACAACGGUACAACGGCGACCAGUUAGACUGGAGGAACGGUCUGUUCAUCAGCGACAUGCCUGCCUACCGUGUGGGACCGACCCGGCUAGGGCAGUUCAGGACUCACACAGACAUGUGCGAGGUUCCACUGAAGGCUCUCCACUCCAACAAGCCGUGCGUGAUGCCGUACGUCAGCGGGACACCAGGUGAGGCACCCGCGUCCAAGAACGUGUCAUUUAGUCGCGUUCUCCGCGGGAAAAUAGGUUCGUACAGCGGGCUUAGCUACAACGUCAACCUCGGCGAGACCAAAGCAGAGACGACGGAAGCGCUGAAAGUCCUGGAAGCAAACCGCUGGAUCGACCGGCACACGGCCGCUCUAGUGCUGGACAUGACCUUGUAUCACCCGAAUGUCAACCUCUUCAGCACAGUGUCCCUGCUCUUCGAGUUCCCUCCGACAGGGGGAACAGCCGCGACCCUCCACGUUUCUACAUUCCCGCUGGCUGCACAAGGCAUGCCAUCUACCAUCUUUUUCGUGGCCAAGGCAGUCUUUGUUGCUUGUCUCCUGGCCGUGGUCAUCCGUCUUGUGAAGAAGGCGCGUAAGGAGGGGAGGUCAGCCGUCCUUCAGGACUGGACCAUGGUGGACAUCGCGUCGGUCGUGACGUCACUCUACGUCAUCGUGGCGAUCGCGUUGAAGGACGGCUUCGCGGGGACAGCCAAGUCACUCAUCAGCCAGGAACAGGAGAAGGAACAACGCAGUUUCAUGGACCUGUCCGAUGUCGCCUUCUGGAGUGACCAGUUCACCGCCGCCGUCGCCAUGGUGAUGUGGUUCAAUCUGGUGAGGAUCUGCAGCCUGAUGAGAGGCAGCAUCCGGGUCCGCACGUAUCUGGAUGUUCUCAUCAAGAUCCGCACGCAGAUGCUGGGAAGCCUGGUCAUCUUCAUCCUGAUCAUUACAGGCUUCAGUAUGUUAGGCUAUCUCCUGUUCUGCCCGUACGUUGAGGCUUUCCGGUCCAUGGCCACUGCCACAGCCGGGCUGACGUUCCUGCCGUGGGGAGAGGUCAGCUAUGACGUGCUGGCCACACCGAGCGAGCUGGUGGGUCCGCUGUUCCUCUUCACGUCCAGCUUCUCCAUCAUGUACCUGCUGCUCAGCUUCACAGCAGCUGUGUUCGUCAGCGCGACCUCCGCCAUGAUGGGUGAGAAGGGGAGGGGCCGGGUCGAAGCGGCACGGCAGCGGAAGAGGAGACUUGUGACUGCGGCUCGGAAGACAAGGAGCGCCGUGCCCGCAGCACGUGGUACUUUGCACUAUUGUAACUGUGACGACACAAACGAGUGUUUCGGUCAAACCCACACAGCUGAGUCACAGGUCUAG